UCACAAACACUACUGGACGAGUUUUAUUCUCUCAUUAAUUAAUCAGAGUAUAUUAAUUAUAUACUUUGUUCCACCUCCAUCUCCAACUCUUUCUAAAGAUAUAUACCCAGAAAAAAAACAAUAAAAUGGGCAAGCAAAAGGCAGUGAUUAGCGUGAUAUUGAAGGAUGAGAAGGCUCGCACCAAGGCUUUUAAGAUUGCUGUUUGCCAGCCAGGAGUUGUUGCGGCGUCAAUACAGGUAGAGAAGGGGCAGAUAGAGGUGGUGGGGGAGUUCGACGCGGUGGUGCUGGCCACCACGCUGCGUAAGAAAUUGGGCCACGCCGAUCUUCUCACGGUGGCGCCCGUGGUGGAGAAAAAGGAUGAGGCCCCAAAGGCCAAUAAACCCGCCGACGCCGCAAAGGAAGAGCCACCAAAGACCCAAACCGUGACAAUCAGUAACCCUCUCACCUAUUACCCACCGCCUUCUAACACCACACUCUACCCUCCAUACCCAGUUCCCCAUUAUUAUAAUGAAGAUGCUGGGUGCUCAGUGAUGUAAAACACACGAACUGCAACAAAAUAAGAGAUGAGGAGUUUCAUCUUCGGUUCUUGUUCUUUGAAGUCGGUCAAGAGUCAACAAUAUUUAUCAGAUCUUUUAGUUUUGUGUAUUUAUUUAUUAUUUUAUGUAACGUUAUGCUCACUUUUAUUAUUGUACAUGUGUUCAAUUCAUUUAAGAAUUUGUGCUUUCCAGCUACAUUAUUAUUUCACUAAUUCUUAGCCUUGUCCCAAAAACCUACAAUUUUAUCAUCUGCUCUACAAUUCUAUUG